AGGCCACGGGAAGUCACUGCGGGUUUUCAGCAUUCACGUGUGGCACCAAUGGGGACGCGCAGGCAGGACGGGGCGCUCGGGGACCCUCCCAGGGAUGCCAAUGAUCUGGGCAGACUCCAAGGGUCCUGCUCCAGCUUGGGCAUGAAUUCAAGGGGAUUUGACCUGCCUUUAUUAUUCAACCUGAGCGUGUGCGUGCAUGUGCGCAGACAAUAACCUCCGCGGAGCUGUUUGCCAGACUCACCCAGGUGCUAGGAGCAGAACAACUCACCCGCCUGCUCCCGACACACACGCUCAGCUCUGCGGACGAGACCCGAGCACGCAGGGAGGCUGCAGAACACGCAACCAGGAAAGGGUUUCCCCGCUCCAAAAGGAAGUCCUGCUCCCUCUGGCCACAUACCCACAGGGCAGCCCCGGGACACCAUGCUAUACUGCACAGCCCUGCCCAGAUGUAAGAGAGCUGCGAGGGGACCCUGAGCACCCGGCUGUGAUCGCGCCACCAGCCAUGCCCCGAGCCGGGCACUUCCCCACCCCCAACCCCCGGUAAGCGGGGAAGGAGCCGGAUUCUCUUGCAGCUGCUCUUUCUCCUGGUUCCUGACUCUGGCUGCCGCCAGCGCCGGUCCCCAUGGAUUGGAAAACGCUGCAGGCGCUGCUCAGCGGGGUCAACAAGUACUCCACGGCCUUCGGCCGCAUCUGGCUCUCAGUGGUCUUUGUCUUCCGCGUGCUGGUCUACGUGGUGGCAGCCGAGCGCGUCUGGGGGGAUGAGCAGAAGGAUUUUGACUGCAACACGCGGCAGCCGGGCUGCACCAACGUCUGCUACGACCACUUCUUCCCCAUCUCCCACAUCCGCCUGUGGGCCCUGCAGCUCAUCUUCGUCACUUGUCCUUCUCUGCUGGUCAUCAUGCACGUGGCCUACCGGGAGGACCGGGAGAAGAAGAACCGGGAGAAGAACGGGGAGAACUGCCCCAAGCUUUACAGCAACACGGGCAAGAAGCAUGGCGGGCUGUGGUGGACCUACCUGCUCAGCCUCUUCUUCAAGCUUGUCAUAGAGAUCCUCUUCCUCUACCUCCUCCACAAGAUGUGGGACAGCUUCGACCUGCCACGGCUGGUCAAGUGCUCCAAUCUGGUGCCCUGCCCCAACAUUGUGGACUGCUACAUCGCUCGGCCUACAGAGAAAAGAGUCUUCACCUAUUUCAUGGUCGGGGCCUCCUCCAUCUGCAUUGUCCUCACUGUCUGUGAGAUCUUCUACCUCAUCUUCAAGCGGGUUGUGCAGAGGGUGCGCAAGUGGAAGAAGGCCACCAAGCGCUCCGUCAGCUACAGCAAGGCCUCCACCUGCCAGUGCCACCUCAAGAUGGAGGAGAAGGAAAACAAGUCCCUAAAUAGGUGUGUGGCAGCCCUGCGGGCCUCGGCUCCCAACCUGACUUCGCUCUGAGGGGGUCGUGGAAGGGGAAGAGGGAGGGAGAAGUGUCCUGACGUGAGCCGGGGGUGACGGGCCCUGCGGGUGGCCACCAGCAAUGCCAGCACCAGACUUUUCAGCUUGGUGGCUCUAUAGGGGAGGGUGACACGUCAACAGGAACUCUCCUGCUUGGUGGCCCCAUGGGAACAGGACUGGCGUGAGGCCAUCAGGGGCACAGGGCAGGUACUCAGAUGGGCGCAGGCUGAGCUGGGACACGCAGUGACACGGGCAGCGGAUGAGGGGGUCCCUGUCCCCCACCGGACAGGAUGGACACCACCAGGUCUCAUGACCGUGGGCAUGUUCACGGGGUGCCCCAGCAGCAAGGGCACGCGUGAUGGUGGCAGGGUGCCUGCUGCCCGCGGGCACGCCUGAGAGUGUCUGUUCUUUCCACAGAGGAGAGGAGCUGUGAUCUCCCUUGCCCCACCCAGCUCGCCUUCCCCUUGGACCAUGAGUUUUUCAAGCCUACACAUUUCCCAAACCCUGGAGAUUUGACCCUUUAUGAGAAAUGACUGACCCCAGGAAGGUUCCCCAAGAGAGGAGCAUGGGGUGCCCGAGAAGAUGCAGGUAAGGCGAGGGCAGCUUCUGAGCUCUGCUGGCUGCACAUGGCGGUGCUGCAGGGCUGGGACACCACGCCGACACAUGGACACGGGCCACGAGCUCCAAAAAGCAGCCCCCAAGCUGUCCCCAGUGGGGUGAAGCCUUUGCACUGGGAGGACACAGGGGACUGGGGCCAGCAUGGGGGAGCAGCCAGGGGCUCCAAUGUCCAAGAGCUUCUCUUGGGUCCUCCCAUGGUGACAGUCAUGGUUUGCUGUGCCUCGCAUACACACAGUCCCAAGUGCUGUUCCAUCCAUCCUCCUUUUUUUUUUGUACCAAGAAACAAAGAAUAUCCUGGGUGCAGCUCCACGGCCAGAGCCUGCAUCGCUGCCUCCUUCGUGCUGCCAGCGUGAAGGUGCGAGCCUUGGUGUGAGCUCUCGGCACACCCGAAGAAAUCCCCGACAGGCAGGGUUCCGGGCUGCUGCCAACUGAUUGUUCGUCCCCAUUUGCCAGUACCGGGGCAGGAGCAGCUUCCCUCUCUCUGCUCAUGCAAGCACCUUGCUGACGUCCUGCCCAAGUGGCUUUUCUGGCUCUGCUGCUUCCCUCGGUGCCUUUGUACCCACCCCUCGGCUCGAUAGAUGUGUCACCCACAGCAUUAGCUGUGAAUCCAAGGGGCCAAUAAAUGUUAUGCUGUUUGUGGA